AUGGCUGAGUUAUGUAAUGAAGAUUUGACGAAUACUGUAGAAACCAAGCCCGAAAUAAUUGAAAAUGAUUUACCUGAAAAUGUUGAAUUAACGGGGUAUGAUGAUGAUGAUGAUCAUGAUGAUGACGAUGAUAAUAAUGAUGGCGAUAAUGAUGAUGAAUUAAACGCUAUUGAUAAUAGUGAUGUUGUUGAUAAUAUGCGGAUAUAUGAAAACAUAGAGAGUAAAAAUGAAAAUAUGGAUUUUAAUAAUUUCGAAGAAGAUACUGAUACUGCGGGGUUAGAUGAACAAACAAUACAGUCAUUUUUAAAGCAAUUAAUUCAAUUACAAAAUCAAACAAUUAUCAAGAAAAAAGAAAGCCGUCUCAUCCCUAGCAUAUCUAAUUUUAUGAAAUUAGAUUUAGAUAAAAAAAGUGAACGAAUUACACCAACUAUUACUAGACAUUAUUACACAUAUGUGAUUUAA